CGACGUAUCUCUACCCACUAUUAACACCCUCUAUCGACAUUAGCGAUACUAUUGUAACUAAAUAUCGAUAAGUGUUGUUGUUUUUGACUGUACCAAAUUGUACCAAAUAUAAUAUUGUUGCAAUAUUAAUUUAUGUAAUUUUAUUUUCUGAUUUAUUAUCAUGGCUAAACAAGUUAAAAAUCUUGAUUCCAAGAAGAUUAGUUCAGAUCUUUUUAGCCUAACCUAUGGUUCGUUAGUUUUCCAAUUGAUUAAAGAUUAUGAGAAUCCUGAAGAUGUUAAUAAACAGCUGGAAAGAAUUGGUUACAACAUUGGUUUACGUUUGAUUGAAGAUUUUCUUGCUAAAACAAACACUCCUAGAUGUUUUGACUUUAAGGAUGUUGCUGAUAAAAUACAAUCUGCAUUCCGAAUGUACUUAGGAAUAACGCCUUCAAUAACCAACUGGAGUCAAGGAAAUGACGAAUUCUCCUUAAUUCUAGACGCAAAUCCUCUGGCUGAGUUUAUUGAACUGCCCGAUCACCUUGUUAACCUGAGAUACUCAAAUAUACUGCCGGGAAUCAUCCGUGGAUCCUUAGAAAUGGUUCAAAUCGAAGCAAAAGCAUGGUUUAUGCAAGAUUACCUGAAGGGUGAUGCCACUACAGAAUUACGAAUUAAGUUUGUUAAAAAAUUAGAAGAUGUAAUGCCUCAAGGAGAAGAUUAAUCAUGUAUUGAGUCUCACCAGAUGCAUUCUACUUAUAUUCCUUUCGUAUAAUAAAACCGUAUCUUUUUUUGUUUUAUCAA